AUGUUUGCCAAAUUACCACAGAGCUUGCCGUUCGGCAAGCACUUGCUACCGGACGAGGCUAAGCUUGCAUUCCGCAGUCAACCUAGCGGCAUAGCGAAACUAGCAACGACGAGGAACAUCCCUGCGACGGACUCGUAUUGGGAUCAAUAUGUUACGCUCUUUGACUCGGCCUCUGAGGUAUAUUCUCUCAUCACCGCGAAUGACCUCCGCCGAGCACUGCUUGCUGCACCCGAAAACAUCGCGACCCUUAUCAGAGUCAUCUGCUCCCGCCUCUUCAAUCUUGUCUCGGACCACACCUUCCCAACCCCGCCGCAGAGUGCAGCCUUCACCUUCAUCAAGAGCACCACGACCGCCGCGAACUCGGAACGAAACACAACGAAGGAGGCGCUCAACUGCGUGCGCGUGCUUCAGCGUGUGUUCCCUGUCGUAUUCGAAGUCGAGAAUGAAACGAGCCGAUUCGAAAUGGAGGUGCUCUGGAAGAAGGAGGUGCUCCCCUACCAACCCGAUGACGACGAGGCGCCCGCGGUAUCCUCACAGACGCAGUUCGUUAUCGAGGACGACGACUCCGACGACGAGGAAGGUGGGCGCAAGGCCGGCCCGGCUACAUCUUCCUCUUCGCCUCCUCCUGUUCCGCCUAAAAAGGCGCCUAAAACUGGCCCGUCCCUCGCCGAGCGCCUCUUCAGCUGCAUAAUCGACCUACUCUUUUGCUGUGGCUUUACCCUUCCGACGAAGAUUCAGCACGAUCACUACAAGAUCAACUACGUAAUCUGGGAGAAAGGCGUUGGCUCCACCGUUGACCCGGGCCCGAGUCAUCAAUACGACGCGAACAAGACCGAAGUCCUUCGCCUCCUCCUUGUCCUCCUAUCUCGCGAGAUCUAUGUUGCACCUGCCGCGUCUCUCCUCGCCCCCUCGUUCUACACCCUCCAUUUCGUGCAACAGACGCCGCGGCGGGACGUGCUCACCGUGCUCUGCUCGCUCCUCAACACAUGCCUGAAUGCGCCCGCCACCGCGAGUGGGAUGGCGGCCAUCGGCGCCGUCACCGGCAAGCUGCCGUACAACCACCUCGUCUUCAAGGGCGAGGAUCCGCGAACAACUCUCGUGAGCGUGUGCUUCCAGAUAUUGGUAGUCCUGCUCGACUUCCAAAGCGCGACGGCGCGUGACGUGAUUGUUGGCGCCGGAGAGCAGCAGACGUCGGCGCCGACAGUGCAGACGAACGCGUUUAGGUAUUUCUUGGCCAAGCUGCACCGGAUACAAGAUUUCGAGUUCAUUCUUCACGGGAUUGUCGGAAUCCUCGAAGAGCAAAUGGCCUCAUACAACAACCUACUACCAGGAUCCCGCAAAGGUGUUCCAUACAUCGUAGAAACAGUCGUCUUUUUCUGGAAGAUGAUCGAGCUCAACAAGAAAUUCCGUGCUUACCUCCUGAACUCCGACAAGGCAGGCGAUGUCCUGGCAUACCUCCUUACCUUCAGCCUGGAGAUCAAGGAUAAGCCACAGCAACACGGCCUUUGUCGUGCGCUGUCAUACAUCAUCCAGACGCUUUCCGCCGAGCGUGCCUUUGGGAUGAAACUUACCACGCCAAUGAAGACGCCUCUCCCUGCCAAGUACAACGCACAGGGAACAUUGGGAGACUUCAUGAUCACCGCCAUAUACGCCAUUGUCGCGACAACAUCUGGGGCACUCAAUUCUAUAUAUCCAGCGCUGAUCAUCGCCUUAUCAAACGCAGCGCCUUACUUCAAGGGCCUCAGCGUCACGGCGUCUACUCGGCUGGUACAAUUAUUCAACGCGUUCGCUAACCCGACGUUCCUGCUGUCCGAUGAAGGUCAUCCGCGACUACUGUACUUCAUGCUGGAGGUGUUCAACUCCGUCAUCCUCCACAACCUGUCGGAUAACCCAAACCUCGUGUACGCCAUCCUCGUUUCGCACAAGACCUUCCAGGACCUCGGCACGUUCACCCUCGCCCGCGGCCUGCGCGAGGUGCGACGCGUGCAGCUCGCCAAGGAGGAGCAGGCAAAAAAGGCCGAGGGCGACGCGAAGGGCAAGGGCCGCGGCUCGGGCGAGGCCCACGUCGAGAAAGCGCGCCUGCUGGAGCGCGAAAGCCAGAGCGCGCGCCAGUCGGAGGAGAACUUGUCGCGGCUCGAGCGCCAGGACUCGGGCGUCGAGGUCACGCGGCCGCUGAUGUCGCCCACAUCCGGAGAGCCGCCGGCGUCGCGGACGGGGAGCCCGGCGCGGGCAUCGGAGAAGGCGAGGGGAAAGAUGCGGGAAAGGAGGUCGAUUUCGAUGGACAGCGAGCUGGAGCGUAUCGCGUCCGCGGGUGUCGGUCGGAAUGGCUUCGUGCCGACGCAGGAAUGGGUCACGUCGUGGCAACAAGGACUUCCCUUGGACCCCGUGAUGCUCCUCAUAUCCGAGCUGCUGCCUAGGUUGCAGGAUCUACAAACUCGCUCUGGCGCCAAGUCGUCAGCAGCCAUAACAGACUUCCUCAGCAGCGUCAACUUAUCGCACGUACUUCCGCCUCCGCCGCCAAUCAACCCUCGGAGAUUCGUCUGGUCGGACGCGUCGAUCAUAUGGCUGACCUCGCUCAUAUGGGGCGAGAUAUACGUACGGGGCAUGACCCCGCUCGGCAUCUGGAACAACACCAACGUUCGGCUGUUCUACGUCAAGCAUUCGCAGCAGCAGCCUCGGCAGCUGACGGAGACGGUCACCAACGUCGUUGGUGGAUUGCUCGGGCGUGGCGCCGACACGUCGCAGCGGUGA